AUGGACCAUAGAAAUCAUUCCUCAGUAACUGAAUUCAUCCUCUUUGGGCUAACAGAACAUCCUGAACUCCAGCUGCCCCUCUUCUUCCUCUUCCUAGGAAUCUAUGUGGUCACAGUGGUUGGGAAUCUGGGCAUGAUCAUGCUGAUUGGACUCAGUUCUCACCUGCACACCCCCAUGUACUAUUUCCUCAGCAGUUUGUCCUUCAUUGAUCUUUGCCAGUCCACUGUCAUUACCCCCAAAUUGCUGGUAAACUUUGCGGCAGAAAAGAACUUUAUCUCCUACCCUGAAUGUAUGACUCAGCUCUAUUUCUUUCUUGUUUUUGCUAUUGCAGAGUGUCAUAUGCUGGCUGCAAUGGCAUAUGACCGCUAUGUCGCCAUCUGUAAUCCCUUGCUUUAUAAUGUUGUUAUGUCUUAUCACGUCUGCUUCUGGCUCACAGCAGGAGUGUAUAUUUUGGGCAUCAUUGGCUCUACAAUUCAUACAGGCUUUUUGUUGAAACUCUUUUUCUGCAAGACCAAUGUGAUUAACCAUUAUUUCUGUGAUCUCUUUCCACUCCUGGAGUUAUCCUGCUCCAGCAUCUAUAUCAAUGAAUUAUUGGUUCUGUGUCUGAGUGCAUUUAAUAUAUUGACUCCUGCCUUAACCAUCCUUGCCUCCUACAUCUUCAUCAUUAAUAGCAUUCUCCAUAUUCGCUCCACUGAGGCCAGGUCCAAAGCCUUCAGUACAUGCAGCUCCCACAUCUUGGCUGUUACAAUUUUCUAUGGUUCUGCCGCAUUCAUGUACUUGCAGCCAUCAAAUGUCAGCUCCAUGGACCAAGGCAAAGUGUCUUCUGUUUUCUAUACUAUUGUCGUGCCCAUGCUGAACCCCAUGAUCUACAGUCUGAGGAAUAAGGACGUCAAAUUUGCCCUCAAGAAAAUUUUAGAAAGUAGAGCAUACUCAUGAAUAGAAUCAAUGCUAUCAUGUCCUGUCAGAAACACAUCUUUGGUUUGCUGAUAUAUAUAAUUUGUUCAGUUAAUUCUUGAAGUGUACAGAUUCAUUGACACCUCUUUCCCACUUAUACUACAUGUCCAAAACUUCCCUUCAGAGCACCUCUUCCUUAAAGCAUAUGUUACACUGACUGUAACAGAGAGAAAUAUGGAGAAUAAAAUCAAAGGCUGUUUAGAAUUACAGGAACUAUAGUUUCAUUUUUUAAUAUUAAUACAGCCAAACAAAAAAAAAAAAACAAGUAUGAUGAGAGUAACGCAUAUUAUUGAGAUAUUACAAAUUGUCAAACCCGGUACCAAACACCUUAAGUGCAUCGCUUUAUUUAAU